AUGUCCAAAGAAAAAAAUUCAAGCACAGGUGAAUUUGAGAUUAGAAGUGAUGAUGAAUAUUUACAUUUUAGUGAUUAUCCUGAGUUUGCUGUAAAUAUUAAAGAAAGAAAUUCUAAUGGAACUUUUGGUAUUAAAAAAACAAAAGAAUUGAAUGAUUCUUCAGUAGAAGCUCUCAAACAUGGUGACAAUGAUAUUAUCUGGGAAGAAAAAGACAUAGAACAAAUAGAAUCAGAUGAUUCUUUGACAAAAAUUCUUGAUGAUGAGGUUGAAUGGGCAGCUGAAGGAAGUCAAAAGAUUACUGAUUUUUUUCAAUCUAAAGAAUCUGAAAAUUUACCUGCCAAAUUCAUCGAUGGCUUUUGCAAAUUGCUUAAUAGUGAAAAUGGUAUCUCUUUGGAGAUGAUUGGUGUAAAUUUGACUGCGUGA